GUCACCGCUCAUGCGUAAACAACGAUGCAAAGUGCUAAGCUAGUCGGCGAAUUGCGAGAUUUUAAAGCCCUCGCUAAAGUUUAUGGUCACUAAAAUGAGUGAAGGAGCUGGACCAAGUAAAAAGGCAAAAACAUAUCACUUCCAUACGGAAUGGGAGGUGGACUUUUUUUUUUUCACAAUGUCUUUUUCGAAGUGCGUUUGCCUGGCUAACCUGGCUAACCUGGCUAUCAGCAGCUACUGUCCGGACUAUGCAUCCCUGGCUGGUUCAAUUCAGUGCAAGUCAUCAAAGUAAACUCAGUGAUGUCACCGAGGUACUUUUCCGGACGGGUGGAGAGAUAGAGCUGGAAGGAGAAGCCGAACACAUCGUAGACGCAGCGCAGGAAGUCCAGGCAGCCCUUCAUCUCGGACUCGAUCUGAGCCAAGACCUGCUGGAAAGUCGGUCAGCAUGGCUUCAUCUUCCAGCUACGCCCCUCCGAAACUUGAUGACUUUAUCCUGACAGAGCGGCUAGGCAGCGGCACCUAUGCCACCGUCUACAAGGCCUACAGAAAGGGCGAAAGUCGGGAGGCGGUGGCGGUGAAAGUGGUUGCAAAGAAGACGCUGAACAAGGCGUCGACAGAGAACCUGCUCACCGAAAUCGAGAUCCUCAAGACUGUGCGUCACCCCCACAUUGUCCAGUUGAAAGACUUUGUGUGGGAUUCAGAGAACAUCUAUUUGAUACUGGAAUGGUGUUCCGGUGGAGAUCUGUCCCGUUUCAUCCGCAGUCGUCGGAUCUUGCCGGAAAGAGUCGCCCGGCGCUUCCUGCAGCAGAUGGCCUGUGCACUCCAGUUUCUACACGAGCGAAACAUCUCCCACUUGGAUUUGAAACCGCAGAACAUCUUGCUCAGCGGCUCGGUCCUCAAACUGGCAGACUUUGGCUUUGCCCAGUAUAUGUCACCGUGGGAUGAGAAGAGCGUGCUGAGGGGCUCUCCUCUCUACAUGGCUCCUGAGAUGGUGUGUCGGCGACAGUACGACUCCAGGGUGGAUCUCUGGUCGGUGGGAGUCAUUCUUUAUGAGGCGCUGUUUGGACGGGCUCCCUUUGCUUCAAAGUCGUACUCUGAAUUGGAGGAGAAGAUUCGGAGUAACCAACGCAUUGAUCUCCCACCCGGGGCCAGGGUCUCCAAGCAGUGCCGAGACCUCCUCCUGCGGCUCCUGGAGAGAAAUCCCGACACCCGGAUCACCUUUGCUGAGUUUUUCACACACCCCUUUGUGGACCUGGAGCACAUGCCGAGUGCCGAGAGCUUAGGGAAGGCAAAAGACUUGGUCCUGCAGGCAGUUCAGAAGGACCAGGAGAGCGAGUGGUCCGCCGCGCUCUCGUUGUACUGCAGUGCCCUGGAGCACUUUGUCCCUGCUAUUUACUACGAGACCGACCAGCAGCGGAAAGAUGUCCUCAGGAAGAAGGUCAGCCAGUACGCGUCCAGAGCAGAGGAGCUGAAAGUCCUGGUGGCGUCGGACAACAAACUCAUCUUUGAGGAGGCCCGCACCUCCAGGGACGUCCUCCGAGAAAUGUCCCGCGACCAGCCACGCCUGCUGGCAGCGCUGGAGAUGUCCUCAGAAGCCAUCGCUAAGGAGCAGAGUGGACUGGACGAUAACGAGGCCUUGGAUGAAUACCAGCAGUGCUUAGGAGAACUUCUGCUGGCGCUAGCAGCCGAGCCGCAGGGCCGCCGCCGAGAGCUCCUCCACAGCGAGAUCAAAAGUCUCAUGAGCAGAGCUGAGUACCUCAAAAAGAAUAUCAAGAUGCAGGAGACUCAAAGGGACGCCUCGCUGGACCGUGAGCCUCUAGCGGACUCCGUAAGAAGCUCUUGCUGUGUGCAGUAAAACCCAAAGAGCCGCCGCGGGAACCAGCUGGCUUGGACCAUCGGACCUUUUUUUUCCCCCCUGAGCGUGGAGCCAAGCCUUCUUGCCCAGUAAGGCUCUGUGCUCUGGGGCCAAAUCAAACCUCCAUCCUGCCUCACCUCCCACACUCUGGCUGGGUGGGGAAGUGCUGCCAAAUGUGCUAAAUGAUGUUUUUGGUUGCUGCUGGAAGGGAUCGAGCAGGUCCAGAGAGAGCUUACACGCUGUGGAGACCUCAGCGGAGAACUGUUUACGACACUUUAAGACACUCAUGAAGCGAUUACCGGUCAGUGUUGUGCUUGUGGCAGCUCUGGCUGACAUUUAGCAUAAUUGUAAUUAGCUUUAGCUACUGUGCUCCAUCAAUGCAUCUCACUGAUCAGCAAACUGUGAAAAUGUGCGCUGGAUAAAAGGGAAAGUGAGACCUCACCAUGGUGAUUACUGCAACCUAAACCAGUGGAACCUCUUAAGGUGGAAACAUGCCCCCCCCCCCCAUAGAAAAUAAUGGACAUUUUAUUUAUCUGCUCCAGAGUCAAACUAUCACCUCAAAUUAAUUCCUUGAUUUGAAAUGGACCUACAAGAUAUUUAACUUAGAGAAAAAUCUCAUGCGGGUGGCACGGUGGUCGAGUGGUUAGCGCGCAGACCUCACAGCUAGUAGACCAGGGUUCAAUUACACCCUCGGCCGUCUCUGUGUGGAGUUUGCAUGUUCUCCCCGUGCAUGCGUGGGUUUACUCCCACAUUCCAAAAACAUGCUAGGUUAAUUAGCGACUCCAAAUUGUCCAUAGGUAUGAAUGUGAGUGUGAAUGGUUGUUUGUCUAUAUGUGCCCUGGGAUUGGCUGGCCACCAGUCCAGGGUGUACCCCGCCUCUCACCCGAAGACAGCUGGAAUAGGCUCCAGCACCCCCCGCGACCCUUGUGAGAAUAAGCGGUAGAAAAUGAAUGAAUGAAUGAUUCGGUUGAGCUGGUUUCAUAAUUAUACCUUUUGAGUGUUAAGUUGGUGUGUGAUGAAUUUAGUGGUCUUUGUAAGAACACUAACACAUUCCAAAAACAUGCUAGGUUAAUUAGCGACUCCAUAUUGUCCAUAGGUAGGAAUGUGAGUGUGAAUGGUUGUUUGUCUAUAUGUGCCCUGUGAUUGGCUGGCCACCAGUCCAGGGUGGACCCCGCCUCUCACCCGAAGACAGCUGGGAUAGGCUCCAGCACCCCCGCGACCCUUGUGAGAAUAAGCGGUAGAAAAUGAAUGAAUGAAUGAUUCGGUUGAGCUGGUUUCAUCAUUAUACCUUUUGAGUGUUAAGUUGGUGUGUGAUGAGUUUAGUGUUCUUACACAUUCCAAAAACAUGCUAGGUUAAUUAGCCACUCCAAAUUGUCCAUAGGUAUGAAUGUGAGUGUGAAUGGUUGUUUGUCUAUAUGUGCCCUGUGAUUGGCUGGCCACCAGUCCAGGGUGUACUUGAGAACCCCCACAUAAAAUUGCGUACACAAUCCUUCAGAAGCUCGCCACUCUUGCGUGGCAUCAUGUUGAACCCGAGAGGGUCCGCUGUAGUUUCAUGCUCAAGCACGCCUCGGCCGCGGUUGAGGCUCACCAUGUCCUCUCCACUGAUGGACGCCGUUUGAGAGGCGCGGCCGGGUCCUUGUUUACUCUAGAGCUGCAGGUCUUGGCACGGAGUUGUGAUGCCGCCGCACGCUGGAGAAGAGGUUUUUAGGCUGAUAAUGCUCGUCGUGGGCGGUCCGGGUUGAACUGUUUUCACUCCAAACCCUUUCUGUAAUAUUCCACAAGCACUUUAAUUUUGACUGCUGAAUCAGGAGUCAAAAGGAUUAACAUGUAAAUAUUCAUU